AUGCUGCCGCAAUGUCAAGGCCCUGUCUGGGCCAUUGACGACUUGUCUCGUUGCUUUCAACGCAACGUUCUUCAGGUGAUCCUUCCCCUCACGGCUUGCAGCGUCUCCGUGCUGGUGGUGCUCAUUCGCCUCGCCCAUCGAUAUGUGGUUUCCCGAAAAGGUGUAACAUACAAGGUCCUCCCGAAUGAGGACUCCGAGGUCCCCAAUGGCCAUCAAAACGAAUCCGAUACGAUGCUCUUCCAGGCUGUCCAGCUGGAACAAAAUGAAACCGAGGUCGACCGUCCACGUGGAGAGGUUAUGAUCGUCUUGGCCGAAACCGCGGCGCUUGUGGGCCAAAUUGCAGUCUAUGUGGUGAUUUUGUCGUCUCAAGCCUGGGGUCGUUAUGGAACCCUUCCCGCCGUUGCGGGUUUGGUAUCGUGGGGUUACAUCCUGUUUUUGGUGCUGGUCCGAUUCCUGCUAUCGACAUUGGAUGUUUCUUCCGCCCCAAGCCUAUGGAACCACACAGCUUUCCUGUACGGCGUUCAGUGGCUCUUCAAUGUCAUGGUCUUCCGCUCCGCCAUUAUCCAUCCCUUGUCUCAGCGCGCCUUGGUUCUGAGCAGUGUUCAGUUCUCGCUGAGCACAUUGCUCCUGCUCAUUGCACUGACUACUCGCCGAGGAAACAAGCCAGUUCUAGUCGAGCGUGAAGAUGGAUUGGAACCCCCGACAUACCCCAUGGCCAGCUUGUUGUCACUUGCAACCUUCUCCUGGCUCGAUCCGCUUGUCUUGAAGGGCUACCGCCAACCACUGGAGCUUGAGGACGUCUGGAACCUGACCCCGUCCCAAAAGGCUGCCAACGUUCUCAGCGAAUUCCGCAAGCGCCAGAUGAAGGGUUCCCUGGCUUGGAAGCUGAUUCGCUUCUUUGCUGGGACGAUCUUGAAGCAGGGUGCUUGGACUGUCUUUGCCAACUUGUUCGUUUUCAUGCCCAGUCUACUUCUCAAGGCUAUUCUUGAAUAUGUUGAAGACCCUCGAUCCACUACGCCUAAUGCCGCUUGGUUGUACGCUAUUUUGCUCUUCUGUUGUGCUACGGUCCAGGGUGUGGCUGAUGGCCAAGCACUGUACAUCGGUCGUAAGAUGGGUGUCAGAAUUCGCGCGAUUAUUAUUGGUGAGAUUUAUGCCAAGGCCCUCCGACGCAAAGCAGGUGCUUCGGUAGAAGCGGCCCGCAAGGCCGUGGAAGAACCUCUUAUCAACGACGCAAAGAAGAAGAAGAAGGGUCUAUUCUCUUUCGGUCGCAAGAAGAAGGCCGCCAAUGCCAACGACACAGAGAACGGAACCAAACCUGCUGCCGAGGAGGAUACUACUCAAGCUAAUGUCGGUACAAUUAUCAACUUAAUGGCGAUCGAUUCCUUCAAGGUCAGCGAGGUUGGAGCCUAUCUUCACUUUUUGUGGGCUAGUGUGCCUGUGCAGAUCACUAUGGCCGUCACUCUGCUAUACUACAUCAUGGGCUUCAGCUCUUUUGCUGGUAUCGCAAUCAUGGUUUGCAUGCUACCCGUCAAUCUCUUUAUCGCCCGUCAGUUCAACAAGGUGCAAAACCAAAUCUUGAAGGGUACCGAUGCCCGUAUCCAUUCCACCAAUGAAGUACUGCAGAACAUUCGCAUCAUCAAGUACUUUGCUUGGGAGCAACGUUUCCAGGACAUUGUCAAUGAGAAGCGUAAGACUGAAUUGAAGGCGCUUCGCAAGCGUUAUAUCCUUUGGUCUUCUGCCGCAACUGUCUGGUACGGAACACCGAUUCUUAUCACCUUCUUGUCAUUCUUCUUGUACACUGUUGUCGAGAAGAAGCAAUUGACUCCUUCAAUUGCCUUCCCUGCGUUGUCAAUGUUCUCCUUGCUUCGCGUUCCCCUGGACCAACUGGCCGACAUGGUAGCGCACGUUCAGGAGUCGAAGGUCUCCCUGGACCGUGUGGACAAGUAUCUCAACGAGGAGGAGACUGGCAAAUAUGAUCAGCUGCGUGAUAGUACUGUUGCAGGUACCCCUGCCCGUCUUGGCCUUGAAAAGGCGACACUCACUUGGAGCACUUCGAAGCCCACUCCCCAAGCAGCUGGAUCCGCUGAUGGCCUGGACUCGUUCCGCUUGAUCAACAUUGAUGUUGAGUUCCUUGUCGGAAAAUUGAACAUCAUUGCCGGUCCUACUGGCUCUGGAAAGACAUCUCUUCUGAUGGCUAUGCUUGGAGAGAUGAGACUUCUCGAUGGCCGUGUUCACCUUCCUGGUGGAAUGUCAAACAGAGCAGAUCUCCCGGUUGACCCCGAAACUGGUUUGAUUGAAAGCGUCGCCUACUGUGCCCAGGAAGCGUGGUUGGUCAACGACACCGUGAAGGAAAACAUCAUUUUCGCCUCUCCUUAUGAUGAGCGUCGCUACCGUGCCGUGCUCAAGGCCUGUGCUCUCGAGCGUGAUCUUCAGAUCCUUGAUGCCGGUGAUCAGACUCUUGUCGGAGAAAAGGGUAUCAGUUUGUCUGGUGGUCAGAAGCAGAGAAUUUCUCUUGCCCGUGCCAUCUACAGCAGUGGUCGCCACUUGCUUCUGGAUGACUGUCUCUCUGCCGUCGACUCUCACACCGCUAAGCACAUCUUCCGCCAAGCCCUUACUGGUCCUCUGAUGCUGAACCGUACCUGCAUCCUGGUCACUCACAACGUUGCUCUGACCGUGCCUCAGUCCGACCAUGUCGUUGUCCUCGAGAACGGCAAGGUCUCCGCUCAGGGUCGCCCUGAUGAUGUUGCUGCUACUGGUGCCCUGGGUGACGAAUUCCUCAAGUCUCGACCUGCUUCCCGGGCCAGCUCUCGGGGCUUAUCUCGUGCGCCCUCCGAUCACGAAGGUGACGAUGAAGAAACGGCGGCCAACGGAAAUGCCAACGGAAACGCAAAGGACGAAAAGGCCAAGCUGACAGAGUCUAAGGCUACUGGUAGCAUCAAGUGGUCUACCGUCAGCAUGUACCUCCGCUCUAUGGGUCCAUGGUACUACUGGAUUGGAGCUGUCUUGGUGUUCUGCUUGCAGCAACUGGGCUCGGUUUCCACCAACAUUUGGAUUCGCCAAUGGGCAAACGCUUACCACACCUCCAACAAGGCUGGCACUGAGAACGAUGCCGGCCAGUACGCCGCCGCCGCCCACCUCAAAGCACCCAGCUUUAAUGUUGGAACCGUUGGUCGCGUCAGCAGCUGGAGCUUGCCCCAGUUUGGUGCAAGCUCUACGGGCGAGCCUGAUAAUGAAGUCAAUGUGCUGUACUACCUCGGUGUCUACGCUCUUCUUGGCUUCCUUUACAUCGCAAUCUCUCUGUCUCGCGAGGCUGUCCUGUUUUGGGGUUCUCUUCAUGCCUCCUGGAAGAUCCACGACCGCCUUCUCAAGGCUGUCAUGCAUGCCAAGUUCCGUUUCUUCGAUUCCACUCCCCUUGGUCAACUCAUGAAUCGAUUCUCCAAGGAUGUCGAGUCUGUUGAUCAGGAAGUCGCUCCUGUUGCCAUUGGCAUGCUUCACAGUCUGGCUUCUGUCAUCAUGAUCGUUAUCUUGAUCUCUGUUAUCACCCCUGGGUUCUUGAUUGCUGGUGUGUUUAUCACACUGGUGUACACUGCUCUCGGUGCCGUCUACCUGAACUCUUCUCGUGAUCUUAAGCGUUUGGAGUCUGUCCAGCGCAGUCCCCUGUAUCAACAGUUUGGCGAGACCCUCAACGGCAUUGUCACUAUUCGUGCCUACGGUGAUGGUCCUCGUUUCAUGAUUGACAACCACCGCCGCAUCAACGCCUACAACCGGCCACACAUCUACCUGUGGGCUAGCAACCGCUGGCUCGCUCUCCGUGUUGACUGGACUGGUGCUUUGGUCUCGUUCUUCUCGGCUACCUUCGUGUUGCUUAAUGUUGGAAAGAUUGAUGCCGGUGCUGCUGGUCUUUCGCUCACCUAUGCUGUUACAUUCACAGAGAACGUUCUCUGGCUUGUUCGUCUAUACUCCGAGGUUCAGCAAAACAUGAACUCCGUCGAGCGUGUGAGAGAAUACCUGGAAGUGGAGCAGGAGGCAGCCGCUGUCAUUCCUGAGUCCCGGCCUACUGCUGGUUGGCCCAGCCAGGGUGCAGUCGAGUUCAACGGUUACAGCACCCGCUAUCGCCCUGACUUGGACCCGGUCCUCAAGGAAGUUUCAUUCUCCGUCAAGGCUGGUGAGAAGGUUGGUAUUGUUGGUCGCACAGGUGCCGGCAAGAGUUCGCUCGCACUGGCUCUGUUCCGCGGUCUUGAAGCCGAGAAGGGACAGAUCCUGAUUGACGGCGUCGACAUUGGCUCCAUUGGACUGCGUGACCUGCGUGAGGCAAUCACCAUUGUGCCUCAAGACCCAACCCUAUUCACCGGCACGCUCCGCAGUAACCUCGAUCCCUUCGGUAUCUUCAGCGACGAGGAAAUCUUCACAGCCCUCCGCCGCGUCCACCUAAUUGGGUCUAGCACCUCAGGCACCGCAACCCCCACAACCUCCAGCACCCUCACCGCCACAGAGGCCACCGGAGUAAACGGUAGCGCAGUCACUGUCGUUGACAACAAGAACAUCUUCCACAACCUAGACAGCCUAGUCUCAGAGUCCGGCUCAAACCUUUCCCAAGGCCAGCGCCAACUCGUCUGUCUCGCCCGCGCUCUGCUCAAGAGUCCCCGCGUUCUAAUGAUGGACGAAGCAACCGCCUCCAUCGACUACGCCACAGACGCCAAGAUCCAAGAGACUCUCCGUGAACUCCGCGACAGCACAAUCAUCACCAUCGCCCACCGUCUGCAAACAAUCAUCGACUAUGACAAGGUCCUGGUUCUCGAUCACGGCCGUGUCAUCGAGUUCGACCACCCCUGGCAACUGAUUAACGAGCAAGACGGUCUAUUCCGCGGCAUGUGCGAUAACAGCGGCAACAUGGAAGUUCUCCUUGACGGUGCCAAGCGCGCCUGGACCCAGAAGCGUCUCGUGGACGAUUCUUAA